CAGCAAAGAAGGUGGUGAUUGGCUGGAUUCUUGCGUAUGAGUUGGUGGCAAAUCUGACAAAUUCUAUUACUUUUGUUCUAAGCUCCAUCUGGACACCUUUAGGAAAAGAAGCUAGUUAUUAUGUACUAAAGUAAAUAAUCUGUACUCUUAGAGUAAGAGUUGGAACUGUAGGAUUUAAAGGCAAGAGAACUUAUUAAGGGUCUUCCCCAAAGCUCUCUCCAAGUGAGACUAAACUGUACAUCAUGACAGAUGUUCCAGUGACAUUCAGUCCGGUUGAGUAUAAUGGAGAUACACCACCUGAAAAUGGUCAACAAAAAAUCACUAAAAUCACUGAGGAAGCCGCUGAUGUGGAUGGUGCCCCAUCAUACAGCAGGGUGGAACCUAGUCUUGAAGAUAUACCCACAGGAGGAAAUCGGGAGAAAAGUGAAAAAUUACAAGAGACCAUACUGCUCAACUCAUCUAUGGAUGAGAAGAUUCUAAAAGAAAAACCAGAAGAGAAUCUCUAUAUAGUUCAUAAGGCUAUCACAGAUCUUUCUCUCCAAGAAACAAUUGUUGAUGAAAUGACAUUCAGAGGAGGGCGUCAGUGGGAGAAGAUUCCUUUGAGCAGUAGUAACCAAGAAAUAAGUAGACAGAAAGGAAGAAUUGCUGAACAACCUCUAGAAGAGAGAGAAGAUGAGGAUCUGAAGACCAAAAUUCGUCAGGCAACUGAAAUUGAAUGGUUAGGAUUCCGGAAACCUAGCCAAGUUGAUGUGUUAUAUUCUAAGCCUGAUGAAGAGCAAGAGGUUUGGGAUGAAGAAAUUAAUGAUGAUGAUAAUUGCAAAGAUGAUGAAGAUGAAGUUCAAGUAAUAGAAUUUAAGAAAAAAGGUGAAGUGAGUUCUCAAUUAAAAGAGGAAGUUGAUGCAAGUGAGGACUCCCCCCUGAGCAGCCCCAGUUCCCAACCUGUCACACCAGAUGAGCAGCCAACCUUCGAGAAGAAGAGUGACAUCUCCAGAAAUGCUUAUUCAAGAUACAACACAAUAUCCUAUCGGAAAAUCAGAAAGGGGAACACCAAGCAAAGAAUUGAUGAAUUCGAGUCUAUGAUGCAUUUAUAAACUAACUAGAACUGAGAGCUUCUCACACCCACUAAAGCAAAAGCUAAUUUUAUUUUCCUGAGAUGCAUCUUAGUAUGCCUUCUUUGAGUCAUCCCCUUUAAAGAAGUGGAAGCUUAAUCUCUAUUUCACUGUAGAAUAAUGUGAAAAUAACCAUAGACAAAAAUCCAGUCUGGUAACCUCAAAUCAAAAAGCUUCACUCUUGGACGUUUGCUUUUUAAAACUUCACUAAUAUAGACCUAUGUGAUAAGCACUAAAUGGCCAGCACUGCAGGGGAAGCUGGCAUUUAAAAGUUUGGCUUUCAAAGUAGUAAUGCUAGGAAUUGUAGUUGUCAAAUGAAAGAGGACUAUUUGAAAUGAAAUGUGUUUCUUUUAGUGUCUUUCUUCUGUACACUGAGGGUGAUAGAAAGCCUGGUAUUAAAUCUCUUUCUUUUAAACAUGGUUUUAUAGACUCUGGCAAUAAACUUUCCAAAAUAUUUUGCCUCUCCUAUUAUCUUCAGAAAAGAUUUAAGUUGUUUUUCUUGGCAUCUACAGAGUGAAAUUCUGUACAGGCCUCCUUCCUAGGUAUUACCAUUCACUGAAUUUUCUCACUAGAAGGACUGAGCAAUUGUCAGUCAGGAAAAUUCUAUUUACUAAAUGUUGCCUUUAUGUUCCCAAGAUGAAUUAAAUCCAUUGUGAAGUUGCUACAGGGAGGGGCUAAAAAGAUUGGUGGGCAAUAGACUACAGAGUUAUAGCAGAUAGUUUAUUUCUGUGAAUAUAAAUAAAAUCUUGUCUAGCACAGUUAAAAUCAUUAAACAUGAAAAUGACAGCUUUAACACGAUUUUAAGAAAAUACCCCUCUCUAUUACUACACUUUCUCUUAUUAACAGUAUCUCAGAAUAAUUUUCUUUCCUUAGAAACCUGAGACAACUCUAGUCAUAACUGUACUAGUUACUAUGAAAAUGGAAAUAAUUAUCUUAGAAUAUUUUCAAAGUAGAGUGGGAGCAUGUAUUUUUAGUGAGAAAGCUCUGAUGGUUUUGGGGAAUAUAUAAUUUACUGGACCUCAGCCCAAAUCAAGAUGCUUAAAAUUGUGCUUGUGAAGCUUCACUCAAACCAAUGUGUCAAAUAAUGUAUUGAAUAUUUAUGAAAAGGGAGAAUCUAUAUUUAUAUUCUUAGAUAGUUCCAUAAUUUUUCAUUUCAUGCUUCUAUAUAUAUUACCCUAAGCUUUCUGUCACCGCAGAUAAAGACAUUUUUUGGCCCUGAAAAUGAAAAGACAAUUCCUUAUUGUCUGAAUGUAAUACAGUCUUCAUUGUACUAUUCAA